CACUCCAUUAGACCUCUUGGAAGUUCUUCUGUCUAGUAUAAUUAUAAUAAUACUGUGGAUUUGUAGUUUUCUAGCCUUCUCUUUACAAGCUUUUUGGAAGAAAAUCCCUUCUUCUGUUAAGAGAUUUUUUCCCUUUGCAAAAAUGGUGAAUAAGGUGUAAUUGCUUAUGUGUUUAUUUUGCCAAAUUAAAGUUUGGAGGGAUAUAGAAUAUGGGAAAGAUGUGGUGUUCUGGUUAUUUUUCAUAAUAUUUGCAGAUUCCCUCAUGUUUGCACAUUAGAUAUGGCUGUCCGCAACAAAAGAAUUUGUAAUAAGGAAUUGUGGAGGUUGCUUGGUCUGAUAAUAUGAUAUAUGAUAGUAAAUGCUGUGGAAUUUAUGGCCUAUGAGUGGAUUACCAUAUUGUUAGAUUUUCUAUUUUGGUAGUAAAUUGUAGCAUUGUUGUACUAGUGAUAUGACAGGCAGUGAGCUGUUGGCAAGGCAAUUGUGAUUAGAUAACUUGAUUGAUUCACUAGAUUAAGAAUAUCAGCAUUCAUGAUUCAAUUAUGUUUUCAGUAUGACUAUUUAAUAAACUAAUAUCUCAGUAAUUAUCACAUUUCUUUAUGUACUUUAUUUCAUUUAGGUUAAGCUCUUUUUUAGUGUUAACAAUAUUAAGGGCAUUUGGGUCAUUUUAACAGAAGAGGUGCUUAUCAACAUUUCUUUACCAAACACACCAUCUGCGUAUUUUCAGCUCCAGCACUUCUAUCCAAACAUGCAUGACAUAACUGCUUAUUCGUAAUUUCAGCUUCAACACUUUGGUGCUAAAGCUACUUAAAAUUGGCUAAACCAAACGGGCUCUCUGUCUAAAUUGAAACCAAAAAAUUUAAUUUACUCAAGUAUUUCUUUUUUCCCGGUAAGAAAUCAGUGUGCUAAUUAUUAGAUUGUGGUGGCCUGGAGGAUAUGGGGUAAUUGAGAGAAGGGAUGGUGGGGUAAUAGUAAAUUUGGUGGUGUGGUGGGUGCAGAAACUCUAAAAAGAGUUUCCUUGGCCUACCGCCUACAAUCUGAAAAAUGAAAGCAACUCAAUAUGUUACUUCUUCACCUGGAUAGUUGGAUUGAUUGUAUUGUUUGAUCUCUUUGAACUAUAAGAGGUUGUGCUGCAGAAAAUUUUAUUCUAUUGACUAUUGGACAGUUUUGGUUGUUCUUUGUUUACUUUACUUGUCCUGAAUGAGUGUUGGAUGUAACUUACAAUUAAAUGAUCUUUAGAGAAGCGAUUGUGGUUGGCCAUGCUUUUCAGUUAGCUAAAGGAAGCUUAGACUUUUGUAUUUAUUUGCUGCAUCUUCUGGGUGCUUUGAAAUGAAUAAAAUUAAUCUUCUGGAUAUGAGAAACACUAACAUUCUUUCUAGAAAACAAGUUGGGCAUCUGCAAUCUUAUUCUUUCAUGUCUCAUUGGACAUCUACAACCUUGGAGAAAUACGUGGAUGAUUGUCAGAGCGUAUACAUGGUUAUUGACUUCCAUCAGACUCUGGAAGUAAAUGGUAUUCGCUUUUGGUGUUAUACUGCAGGCCAUGUCCUUGGUGCUGCCAUGUUUAUGGUUGACAUUGCUGGCGUUCGAGUUCUCUAUACAGGAGACUAUUCCCGUGAAGAAGAUAGGCAUCUCCGUGCGGCUGAGAUCCCACAAUUUUCUCCAGAUAUCUGCAUUAUAGAAUCAACUUAUGGUGUUCAACUCCAUAUGCCACGUCAGAUAAGAGAGAAGCUUUUCACUGAUGUCAUACAUUCAACAGUGAUGCAAGGGGGUCGGGUGUUGAUUCCUGCUUUCGCCUUGGGACGUGCACAGGAACUUCUCCUUAUCCUGGACGAAUAUUGGUCUAACCAUCCUGAACUAUCUAACUUCCCCAUAUAUUAUGCUUCUCCACUUGCAAGAAAGUGCAUGGCUGUCUAUCAGACUUACAUCAAUUCCAUGAAUGAAAGGAUCCGUAAUCAGUUUGCCAGCUCAAAUCCCUUUAAUUUCAAACAUAUAUCUUCCCUGAACAGUAUUGAAGACUUUAUAGACAACAAGCCAUGUGUGGUGAUGGCAAGUCCAGGUAGUCUUCAAAGUGGUUUGUCAAGGCAAUUGUUCGAUAAAUGGUGCUCUGACAAGAAAAAUGCCUGCGUUAUACCUGGGUAUGUAGUGGAAGGGACCUUGGCAAAGACUAUCAUCAAUGAACCGAAGGAAGUCACCCUCACAAAUGGCUUGUCCGCUCCACUUAAUAUGCAGGUUCAUUAUAUUUCAUUCUCAGCUCAUGCAGAUUAUGCUCAGACAAGUACUUUCUUGAAAGAACUUAUGCCUCCCAAUAUAAUUCUAGUCCACGGAGAGGCUAAUGAGAUGGGAAGGCUCAAGGCGAAACUUACCUCUCUCUUUGCUGAUGGGAAUACCAAAAUAAUCACUCCCAAGAACUGCCAGUCAGUUGAAAUGCACUUCAACUCUGAGAAAAUGGCGAAAACUAUUGGAAAGCUGGCUGAAAAGACUCCUGAAGUGGGAGAAAUUGUCAGUGGUUUACUUGUGAAGAAAGGUUUCACUUACCAGAUCAUGGCACCUGAUGAUCUCCAUGUCUUUUCUCAGCUAUCCACUGCAAAUAUCACACAGAGAAUAACUAUCCCAUAUUCAGGUGCUUUUGCUGUUAUACAACACAGGCUUAAGCAGAUCUAUGAAAGUGUAGAGUCAUCAACAGAUGAGGAAUCUGGUGUACCAACUUUGCGGGUGCAUGAGCGAGUGACGGUGAAACAGGAAUCUGAGAAUCAUCUCUCUGUUCAUUGGACAGCGGAUCCAAUUAGUGACAUGGUAUCUGACUCUGUCAUGGCAUUGGUUCUGAAUGCCAGCAGGGAGAUGCCUAGAGUAUUACUUGAGUCGGAAACUUCCAUUAACGAGCAGGAAGAUGCAAAGAAAGCUGAGAAAAUAGUCCAUGCACUCCUGCUUUCUCUGUUUGGUGACGUGAAAUAUGGGGAUGAUGGUAAGCUGGUAAUCAAUGUUGAUGGGAAUGUGGCUCAUCUGGACAAACUAACUGGUGACGUUGAAUGUGAAAAUGAAAGUCUCAAGGAGAGAGUUAGGACUGCAUACCGGCGAAUUAGAAGUGCUGUGAAGCCAAUACCGCUUUCUCCAUCUUAGCCUGCUGUCUUUUUGUUUGAGAGUUUAUGUAAGAAGUAUAUUGUAGUUUAUUUUCAGCUUCAUAGACAGGAAGAAAAAUGUAUUCUAAACCCUCAAGUCCCUUCAGUAAUUCUAUCCUUCUCUCAUUUGUUUGAUCUGAAAAUUCUUCUGCUUCAA